AUGCGCAUCUUUCCCACUAAGUCAAAGAAAGCAUCACCACGCUCGGUCGGCACGCCUAUACGAUAUCAUGGAGGUCCUGUCAUGACAAAUCCAAUUAUCUAUGUUAUUUGGUAUGGAAACUGGACUGGAAAUAAUGCAACAACUAUUAUAGAAAAGUUCUUGCGAGAUCUUGGCUCAACAGCAUGGUGGAACAUCACUCGGGAAUACAAUUAUACGGCACCAAUCGUUUUCGGCUCAUCAAUAACUGAUUAUUAUUCAAAAGGAACAUACCUUAGUCGUUGGGGCAUAGAAACUCUCAUUUAUAGGGUAACUGAUGACGGAUCCCUUCCUCGCGAUACGAAUGGGAUUUAUCUCGUACUUGCGUCUGCUGAUGUUAGUGCAUGGUCCUUCUGUACAUGGUAUUGUGGUUGGCAUACAUACAGUGUGUGGUACGAUCUUAAGUACUCAUUCGUAGGAAACCCAGAACAGUGUCCAAGUUUGUGUUCCUUUCAGAUGGUUACACCCAAUGACAAUUUUGCAGCAGAUUCAAUGAUUACUGUGAUUGCCCACGAACUUGCUGAAGCAGUUACCGAUCCAAGACUCGAUGCUUGGUAUGACUCAAAUUGUGAUGAAAACGCUGAUAAAUGUGCUUGGAUGUUUCAGCCUAUGGACGUACUACCAAAUGGUGCAUAUUACAACAUGGUUAUAAAUGAUACCAAGUACUUGGUUCAAGAAAAUUGGCGACUGUCGACUCAGGAUUGCGGCAUGUCCUUAAACACAAUCGAUUGAUAAUGAAUGACUCACUUUAAAUUCAAUAGACACAAAACAGUCCUUUUACUCUCUUCUCCUAUAUUUAAAGAAUGUUCUGUGAACGUGAAGUUUGUGAUGAUUCACAGUUUUGACAUAUUCACUCAUCUUCAUUAAACAUUUUUCUGUCUAAUUAUGUUCUUUUUUCUAUUGAUUUUGAUCAACCUUCAGCUAAUAUCAUAUAUAAUAAUAACAUUUUAAUAAAAUUCAUUUUCAUGUUAAAUUUGACUCUCAUACAAGGUCAUAUCAUCAUAGCUAUACAUUUUACUUGUCCGAACAAGUUUCGUUACGCAGUUAUUUCAUUUUUAAAUGCAAAUAAUUAAUAUUUCUUUUUAAGUGAAGGGUGCAGGUGUGGGUGUGGGUAUAGGUGUGUGGUGGUGACUAUCGGUGUGGAUGCGGAUGUAGGUGUGGGGGUGUGGAUGUGGGUGCGGCGGUGUGAGUCUUUGUGUGGCGACCAAAAACAGGGUCAAGACUCAGACCCACACCCGUACACUAACAGCCAUACCCACACACUGCACACUAACACCCACACCCACACCCACACCCACACCCACACCCCCCCCCCACCCCCCCACCCACCCCCACACCCCCACCCACCCCCCACCACCCCCCCCCCCCCCCCACCCCACCCACCCCCCCCCCCGCCCACCCCCCACCACCAGGCCACGCCCCCGCACGCC